GGCAGGCAGCACAGCCGGCUCCCCACGGCCACGCACCGCAGGCACCGCCCGCCCCCCGCCGCGGCCCGAUGAGGCAGAGGGGAGCCAGGCCCGGGCAGUGCCGCGCCGUGCCCUCGGCGGGCCCGUAACCGCGGCCCUAGCCGGCCAGGGAGCCGCCCGCACUGCCGCACGCUCCCCCAGGCCUCAGCUGCCCCAGGCCCCCGGGGCGGGAAGCCGCGGCAGGCCCAGGCCCCGCCCCCGCCCCGCCGCAGCGGCCGGGCCCGGCGCAGCUUCCGGGGGAGCCGGUGGCCGUUCCGGGCGGCGGCGGCGUUAGCGCCAUGAAGGUGACGCGGCAGAAGCACGCCAAGAAGAACAUGGGCUUCUACAAGCACAACUUCCACUUCCGCGAGCCCUUUCAGGUGCUGCUGGACGGCACCUUCUGCCAGGCCGCGCUCCGCAACAAGAUCCAGAUCCGGGAGCAGCUGCCCGGGUACCUGGACGGCGCCACGCAGCUCUGCACCACCCGAUGUGUUCUAAAAGAGCUGGAAUCACUGGGGAAAGCACUGUACGGAGCAAAAUUAAUUGCCCAAAGAUUUCAAGUUCGAAACUGUUCUCACCACAAGGAUCCUGUGAGUGGUUCGGUCUGUUUACUCUCCAUGAUUGAAGAAGGCAACCCUCAUCACUACUUUAUUGCCACACAGGACCAGGAUUUAGCAAACAAAGUGAAAAAGAAGGCUGGCGUUCCUCUCCUCUUUAUUAUUCAGAACACUAUGGUGCUAGACAAACCUUCUCCUAAAUCUUUGGCAUUUGUUCAAAAGUUGCAGAUGAAUCAGCUUGUUCCAGAGCACCAAAAAGAAAGUAUUGUACAGCUUAAAGAAAAAGAAGGACUAGCGAAGCAAGAAGGUGAAAAAAGAAGAAAACGGAAGAGGGCCGGCGGCCCCAACCCUCUCAGCUGUCUGAAGAAGAAAAAGAAGACAACACAAGAGGGUCAGGAGCCUUCUGCUGAAAAGAAGAAGAGAAGAAAAAGGAAGCGAAAUAGGGUUAAAGCAGAAGCCCUGCAGUCGAUGCAGAAGAAUGAAGAAGAAUAAACCCAUCUUUGUAAACAAUGCAGGACUUGACUUGAACAUUGUUUGAACUUUGCAAAAAGAAAGAUUAAUAUGCAGUCAUGUGAAAUCAAAUUGUUAAUAUUAAAACUUAUUUUUACGAGGUGGUACUGCUUAUUACUGCAUCUCAACAUUUGCAGGUUAUUGUCCUCAUAAUUUAUUCUGUUGUUUAGUAAUUGGUGUUUGUGACAAAAUAUUCAGGAACCCUCACAUUUCAUUAUUCUCUCCAGCAUCUCAAUUCCUGCCAGAGAGUUCACGUGAUCAGUAGCAAUUUUUUAGAAAUGCUUCUUGGGUUUCAUCUGGGUUUCGGUGGGAUACUAGACUUCUUUCUAAAUCUAGGUUGCUAUUCUUACUAAGACUAGUUUUGACAGUUGUUCUGUUACAGAAUGUGGAAUUGACCUAAAAGAGCAUAGUAUCUUACUUAUUUGUAUUAUUUGAAUACAGAAGUUAACUGUUUUGCAAAGUGAACGGACGCCCUCAAGAAGUCCCUUCCAGCCUAAAGUACGCUGUAAACUCCAUGUGAGCUGAUAUAUCUGUUGUUCAUGAUCUUUAUUUAUUAAGAAGAUUGAAGGGCAUGUGAUUGUGUUGGUAUUCCUGGCUUUAUAAUGGCAUCUCUAGUGUGUUUGUAUCUCUAGUUUAUUCUUCCUUUUCAAAUAGGAAGAAGGCAACUUGAAAACGCCGAAUCACAGCACUGACUGACACCUCGUGCCAUCACAGUAUGGCACAACUGUGGAGGAGUCCUGAAGUACAGCCAGCUGUUGGUGAUGGGACUCGGACCCUGUUGCACUUAUUGCACUGUGCUGGCAGGUUGUGAACAGACUAGAACUGGGUUGGAGCAGGGAGCUGCCAGAGAUUCUUCAAGGACCUGAUUUUCUGUAGUAGCUCUUUCUGUACCUUGCAUGUUUGGGGGCAUUAGGACGCGGCAGUAAGUGGCUGAGGUGACGUAAUGCAGAGGUGUGCAGUCUAGUACAUGCUGUGGCAUUGGUGUGCUGUAACAGUGUUCCCAGUCGUCUCUUCACAGACUUUUAACUUUUCUCGGUACAUUUCUUAACCAAGAUGUAAUUCUUAGAAGGAAACCUUUCUGUUUCUUCAUCUACGUGAGUUCAAGCUAUGUUUUUUUAAACAAUCCUUCAACCUCUGUAUCAUACGUUUGCAAAGUAGUUGUCAUAUGUGCAUUGUCUGCACAUGUUCUUGACUGGCUGGAGUACGUACACACCUAUCGUGCAUGGUGCUUUCUGUUGGCUUUUCAGAUUCUAAGGAAAGUUGUUUCAUGGAGUUUGAGAAAACAGCUUGAGUGAUGGGAAUUGGCCAAUCUUAGUGGAAACUGCAGGGUCUUUCCCUAGAAUCUGCAGACAUUUCCUCCGGCCGGCACAGGAGAGGUGCCCCAGUGUGCUCUGUGCUGGCAGCACGCUGUGCUGCCACUGUACCCCAGGUCAGAGCCGUCCUCGCAACACGGCUGUUGGGAGUGGACUGUGCCUUCGUUGUUCCGUAUGAGAGACCUCACGCACCUUGGGAACUGACCGCAAGAGAUGGAAUCAGCAAGGGUGCUGUACUCGAGGUGAAAGCUUUAAUUAAAAAUUAAAAACAGUCAGGCUCAUCGUGAUAUUGUUCAUACAUUGAUUGCUAAUAGUGAGUCCUCAGGAGAAAUUUAAUAACUCCUCGAAAUUCCUUAACGCAGCAUAUUUGUUCAAUGUUUAUUACCUUUCUCAAGCUGUCAUACUCCCUUCUCCUUCACUUACUUCGGCGCAGUGCUGUGUUAACGUAGUUUUGCUUCCCAUUCCCCCUUAAAUACUGCUUGUAUUUCUUCCCCCACCCCAAGCCCACCUGCAGAAACCGCUGCUAUAAGUAAUGCUUGGAGAGGACAGCAGAGAUGGUUCAUCUUCAAAAUCUCAUUCUGAGUCAAAAGUGCAUUAAAAGCCAGGAACUUUGCUAUAAAUACUGUUCUUAAAAAUCAAGCAGACACACCCUAAUUAUUUACAAUAGCCCCUUCCAGUGCUGUUGAAACACAGAGCUUAAACACACCAUUUUUUGAAGACUAUAGAAAGAAAAAACCAUAAUUACUGCAAAACAAAAAGAAUAUUUUAACAGCCCUUUAAUGACUCCCACCUGAAGAAUUUAAAACAAUAUUUAUCAGUGUUUCCUUAGUAUUUUGUUAACACAAACUGAGUCAUGGUGUUGCUAUUGGGAAGAACUGGAAUGAAAAGAGAGUGAGCUCUUGGGAGAAAAGCUGUAAAAUUUGUCUGCAGCAUAGCUGCAGCUCUCCUCCAGCGAGGUGAGUAACUUGCCAUUCAGCUUUGGAACAGAGCUCCUGCCCAGGCAGCAAGCAGAGGCAAUCAGACCAUGUGGUGUUACCAUUUUGAAAUUUGGGAAAAAAACCCAAAAAACAACACCCUAAUUUCCAAGUAAAACCAGGCCACCAGCCAAAGCUGAGAAGCUGUAUUUAUAUCAUUAGAUCAGUUAGGCUGAGACCAGCCCAGCUGGCACGGACCAACUCUGUCCAGGCUGAGCUCCUAGUGCCCACUGCCAUGGCUGCCUGCGGACAGCCCCUGUCCUGAUUGUCAGCUGGGAUAGUUUUCACAAGAAGAUGGGAGGGAGCACAGCCAGGACAGCUGACCCAAACUAGCCAAAGGGGUAUUCCAUACCAUGACGUCAUGUUCCAGAUAUAAGGGGGGAGCUGGCCAGGGAGGAGGGGUCGCUGCUCAGGGACAGGCUGGGCAUCGGGCUCCAGGUGGUGAGCAAAUUGCGUUGUGUAUCAUGCGCUUUGUAUAUUCUAAGUCCUGUUGUUGUUAUUUCCCUCUCGCUUUGCUGUCCCAGUAAACUGUUCUUAUCCUAACUCAUGGGGUUUGCCUUUGUCUUCCCAUUCUCCUCCCCAUCCCAUGGAGGGGGGGGGAGGUGAGCAAGCGGCCACCUGGUGCUCAGCUGCUGGCUGGGGCUGAACCACAACAGUCCUUUCUGGCACCCAACGUAGGGCACAAAGGGUUGAGAUAAGACAGAUAACAAGCAUGUUAAAACAAA